GUAAUAAAGGUCAUGGUCUCUUAUAAACCUAUGUAAAAUAAGACCAUAUCCUGUAAUAAAGGUCAUGGUCUCUAAUUAACCUAUGGUAAACAUUAGACCAUAUCCUGUUAUGAAGGUCAUGGUCUCUUAUAAACCUAUGUAAAAUAAGACCAUAUCCUGUAAUAAAGGUCAUGGUCUCUAAUUAACCUAUGGUAAACAUUAGACCAUAUCCUGUUAUGAAGGUCAUGGUCUCUAAUUAACCUAUGGUAAACAUUAGACCAUAUCCUGUUAUGAAGGUCAUGGUCUCUUAUUAACCUAUGUAAAAUAAGAUUAAUCCUGUAAUAAAGGAACAGUCUUUUAUUUACAUGUACCUAUCUAAAAUGAGACCAUAUCCUGUUAUAAAUGUCAUGCAGUCAUUGAAUUUAAGAUGUUGAAUUUAUUGGCCCGAAUUCCAGUUUGAAUUUAUUCUACUAGAUCUAUUUAACUAAAUUUUCUUAAAAUUUACACCGGCCCGAACUUAUUUUCACUGGCUAUGGGCUACAGGGCCAGUGCUAAAUUCGAUGACUGUCAUGGUCUUAUAUGAAUGUUAUAUAAAAUAAGAAAGUAUCAUAUAUCAAAGGCCAUGGUCUCACACUGACCUAUCUAAAAUAAUGUCCUAUCCAUUUUUGUGUCACCUGUACGUAGAAGUGGCGGCAUAUAGGGAUCACUUUUCCGUCAUCUGUCCAUCCGCACUCAAAGGACAGUAAUAAUGUGGAUGAUGGGACAAGAGGUAACUGUUCUUUCUCUUUGUCAUUCAGUAAUGCUUUUCCUUUUGUGUAUUUAAAAAGAACAAUAGACAGAACAAUAGAGUAGCCACAUUUUUACUCUCCUGUUAGAACGUCCGUCUGUCUGUCCGUACAAAUCCAGGAUGUGUCAUUAUGAUUGUCAGCAAGGUCAAGGUCAUACUUAGACAUCAAACCUUACAAAUAGGCCUUCCAUUUUUCAUGUCAUGUCUUUCAUGCAUGGAGGUAUUCCCAAACCUUUUGGUGCAAAUCAUUACAAACAUGAGGCAAUGUAUAGACAGUAAGAUCAACGUGCUUACCCAAAUGCCAAAGUCACACUUGGAGGUUAAUUUCUCCUCCUGUAUUAUAACCAGGAGGGGAGACAUAUAUUUGUCACAAGAACAGUCUCUUGUAGUGUUUGAUGUUCUUAAUUGUUGAAGGCAUUUGAUAUGAAAUGAAAACAGGGGGCCUCUGUGGCUAAAGAAUGGUCAAAUCAGUUCCCUCUCAUUGAUCUGGGUUAAAGCCUUUUUAUGAAGCAGAUAACAUUUUAACCAAUAAAUUCAAGAAUAGGCUUAUUUUCUUAUUCUCAAUAAUUCAAGCAAUAAUAAAAGCAUGAAAAUUCUAUUGAAAUAUGUACUUUAUGAUGAUGUUUUGGUUUGAAAAUACAUGUAAUUAUAAUAUUUGAACCAUUUCUUAUUUAUACAGCACUCAGUUCUGCUAGAGGAAAUCAUCCUGUAGAAGAACGUUCGACGCUGUGUAGUGAUGCUGUUAACCAAGUGUCCAAUGAAGAAAUUACAGCAAUGUCAACUGCUCUAUUUAGCACUACUACAAAUGAUACGGUUGGGGAUCAUGCUAGUGGUGAGGGUCAUUCUGGCACUGGGGAUCAUGCUGGCAGGGAUUAUGCUAGUGGCGAGAAUUAUGCUAGUGGGGAUCAUGCUGCUGGCGGGGUUCAAUCAGUAGACAGAGAAGUACAGGCAUGUCCAACUGACCUGUUCCUAAACAAAGAAGAACUCUAUUUGAACCUUUUGUAUGCAGAGUCUGAGAGUGUGAAAAUUUCUGAUGGAGUUGGUCUCUUCAUGGUUUUACCAGAACUGGACUUCCAAAAGUGUCAGUUGAAGAAAGAUCUCAUUUUGCUUGAAAGGAAGUAUGUUACCUUUAAUUGUGACAACGGGAAAUGGAUUUAUAUGUGCAGCUGUCAGCCAGUACUCUGCAGAGAAAUGAAAUCUUCAUUUAGACAGUAUACACAUACUUAUGAUGAAUUUCUUCACCAGUUUAAGCAGUGUGAACAUCGCAGGAUUGCCUCAGUCAUAUUUGACCAGCAUGAUGAUCUGCAUCAGAUAGAACCUCAACAUUACCUCAAUUUUGAAGGUUGGAUGGAUUUCCCUUGGCAUACACAAAUGUUUGAGCACUUCAGCAAUUUGGCAAGAUUAUUUCCGACCAUACUUGUAUACAUUUUGACAUUGAAGCAGAUUUUAUCAUUUUCAAGCCAGCCGUUGGCCAAAAACUGAAUGCAAAGGUAAACAAGAUAAGCAAAAGGCAUAUUGGAUGUUUAGUGCACAAUCAUUUUAAUGCCUGGACACCUCACAUGUCAAGCACAGAAAAAUUGUCCGCUGAUAUUUUAAUGGGAGCAGAAAUAGAGAUAUCAGUUCAAGAAGUUUCCACAGAUAGAAAUGUGGUUUCAAUCAGAGGAAAAUUUGAAAGGUUUCUAUCACCUGACAU